AUGGGACUGCCAAUCACCGUCUCGACGUGCUCGCUCAACCAGUGGGCGCUGGACUUUGACGGCAACCGCGAGCGCAUCCUCGAGUCGAUCCGGCUGGCCAAGGCUGCAGGCUCGCGUCUGCGCGUCGGGCCCGAGCUCGAGAUCCCCGGCUACGGCUGCUUCGACCACUUUCUCGAGCCGGACACGGUGCUGCACUCGUGGCAGGUGCUGGCCGAGAUCCUCGCCUCCGAUGCGACGCACGGCAUUCUGUGCGACGUCGGCAUGCCCGUACUCCACCGCUCUACGCUCUACAACUGUCGCCUCCUCCUGCUCGAUGGCAAGAUCCUCCACAUCCGCCCCAAGAUGUGGCUCGCCAACGACGGCAACUACCGCGAGAUGCGCUACUUCACCCCCUGGACACGCACCAACCACACGGACGACUUCACGCUCCCGCGCGUUGUCGCCGACAUCACCGACCAGCAUUCGGUGCCGUUUGGCGAUGCGGUGGUCAAGACCAGGGACACGGUGCUGGGCGUCGAGCUGUGCGAGGAGCUUUUCACUCCGAACUCGCCGCACAUCCGACAGGGCCUGAGCGGCGUCGAGAUCUUUACCAACUCGUCGGCAUCGCACCACGAGCUGCGGAAGCUGUAUCGACGUGUGGAGCUCAUCAAGGAGGCCACGCUCAAGCUGGGCGGCAUCUAUCUGUACGCCAACCAGCAAGGGUGCGAUGGCGACCGGUUGUACUACGACGGAUGCCCGCUGAUUGCGGUGAAUGGCAGCAUCGUGGCGCAGGGCUCGCAGUUCUCGCUCGACGAUGUGCAGGUCAUCUCGGCGACGGUGGAUCUGGACGAUGUGCGUGCGCACCGUAGCGCCAAGAGCCGCGGCAUGCAGGCGGUGAGCGAGUCGAUCGGCGCUGGAUGCCCGCGCGUCAAUGUCGAUUUCGAACUGGGAGAGUCCGAGGAGUUUGGAUCCAAGACGCCCGGCACCGCCACUCCCGACACCGCGCACCACAGGCAGAAGCGAGAGGGUGAAAAGGGUGCAGGCGCGGAUGCGGCACGGUUGUAUCGCCGCUACUUUACGCCGCUGAGCCAGCCGAUCGAGGUGCGCUACCACACGCCCGAGGAGGAGAUCGCGCUCGGACCGGCGUGCUGGCUGUGGGACUAUCUGCGCCGCUCGCGCACCCAGGGCUACUUUGUGCCGCUCUCGGGCGGCAUCGACUCGUGCGCUACCGCCACGAUCGUGUUCAGCAUGUGCAGGCUCGUCCUCGCCGCGCUUUCCGAGCCCGAGUCCAGUACAACGCGAAGGGGUGCGUCGGUGUUGACGACCGACACGCGCGCGCAGGUUCUCUCGGACGUUCGCCGGAUCUGCAACGAGAAGGAGGGCUCGACGUGGGUGCCUGGCACGCCGCAGGAACUGUGCAACCGCGUGUUUGUCACCUGCUACAUGGGCACCGAGAACUCGUCGGCCGAGACGCGCGCGCGCGCCAAGCAGCUAGCGGCGGACAUUGGCGCGUACCACGUAGACCUCGACAUGGACGUUGUCAUCCGCGCCAUCGUCGGGCUGUUUAGCACCGUCACGGGUGCCACGCCGCGCUUCCGCGUGCACGGCGGAACGCCAGCUGAGAACUUGGCGCUGCAGAACAUCCAGGCGCGUCUGCGCAUGCUGCUCGCCUACAUGUUCGCCCAACUCACCCCCUGGGUUCGUGGCUCCUGGGGCGGCCUCCUCGUCCUUGGCUCGGCGAAUGUCGACGAGUCUCUGCGCGGGUAUUUGACGAAAUACGACUGCAGCUCGGCGGACAUCAACCCCAUCGGCGGCAUUUCCAAGACGGAUCUCAAAGCGUUCAUCGCCUAUGCACAGGGUGCAUUCGACCUGCCCAUCCUCGAGUCGUUCCUCACCGCGGUGCCCACGGCCGAGCUCGAGCCGAUCACCGAGACAUACGUGCAGGCGGACGAAGCCGAUAUGGGCAUGACGUACGACGAGCUCAGCAUCUUUGGUCGGCUGCGCAAGAAUCUCAAAUGCGGCCCCUACAGCAUGUUCAACAAGCUGCUGCAAGAGUGGGGCCCAACUUUGGGGGCGGAAAAGGUGGCGGAAAAGGUCAAGCUGUUCUGGUUCGAGUAUGCGCGCAACAGGCAUAAGAUGACCACACUCACCCCGAGCUAUCAUGCGGAAGGGUACAGUCCGGACGAUAACCGCUUCGAUCUGCGACCGUUUUUGUAUCCGAGCCGGUUUCCGUUCCAGUUCCGCAAGAUCGACGAGCUCGUGGCGCGGCUUGCGCCCGUAUCGCAAGCUAGAAAGCAGGAGUAG